AUGUCAGUCCCCUCCUCCUCCACUCUGGUCGUCUUUCUCGUGCAGGAGCAUAUCGACAAGGCCGUUUCAGCAUCUGAGGAUAAUGGAGAAACGAUCGAUUUAUCUCAGAGGGGGUUCAACGCUAUCAGCGAUGAGGGUGUUGGGUUGCUGAGACGGGCAGGAGGAGGAGACGAGGAGGAGGGAGGAAAGGUCAAGAGAAUCGCAAUGACGCACGUUGCCCUGCGUGAAUUGCCAAUAUCAUUUAGUACCCUCAUGCGGUUAAGGUACCUGAACAUGCGGGGUAACUUGUUCACUACAUUCCCGGAAGUGUUGACUAGUAUGCCCUCUUUGGAAAUUCUAGACAUCAGUCGGAACAAGAUCAAACGGCUCCCGGUCCAGCCGGGAAACCUCGUGCAUCUUCGUGUUCUCUGCAUGUCAAAAAAUCGCCUACAACGGCUGCCACGAUAUCUCACAUACUUCAGCUGUCUCAAAAUUCUGAAGGUUGACUCCAACCCAAUUGUGUGGCCUCCAGCAGAGGUCGUUAACAGCUUGCAAGAUAAUGGCGACAUGGAGGAUUGGAUUGCGGAGGUCAAACAAUGGAUGGAAGAAAACGGACCUGACGAGGCAGAACGUGUCCCUACCGGUAGACUGAACACACGAACCGACGAUGUCCUGGAGGCAUCCAUGCUCGAGAGGACUGCCUCAGAAAUGUCCAUGUCGAUGACGACUGAUACACACCGUUUUAUGUUCUCGCCCUCAGCCCCUCACACCCGAAAUGCAUCGGAAGAGUCGACUCUGUCAUUCAGCAUCGGUUCUGAAACUACUUCAAGACCAUCACCGCGACCACCUCCGCUCAGGCUUCCUGCGAUUCAUUCUGCACGCAGCAGCCCCUCCGGCACGCCAGAUGUCUCAACCCAAAACCUGUCAGGGUACGAUUUCGCUCUUACGCCACCUGCCAGUGCACUCCCUCAACUGCAUGGACGUGGUCAGUCAUACUCCGUUGGAAGGCGACCAAGAGCACAGACUCUCGGCGCCAAGAAAAGCCUGCCUGAGCUGCGUACUAACAACUACGGCUUUCCCUCCAGUCUGCUUCAGUCAACCCGCUCCCGCACCAAAGGGGUAACGGGCGACACACCCGCUGUUCCUGUCCCUCGUCUCAAAUCUACGUCACCCCUCGCAACACCAGAGGCGCGCUUUGGCAUCCCUGGAGAGCUGUCGAGCUCAGCCGUACGAUCGGGUGCCAAUGCGCCAUGCCUUGCUCUGGAGAAGAACUCGUAUUUCAGACGAUUGUCCACUCUCCCGCCGUUAAGAACGUCUCGCACUGUGCCUGACUCGUUACUCAAAGUCAUGGAUGGAGUUCGAACUAUCCUCAGCGCAGCUGAACAGAUCUACGACUCACUCCGACAUUACACAGUCUACGCUAUCGAUGAUCGGCUCGCCGGUAUGCUCGUGCGGGUACUCGAACCUGCUGGCGCAUAUAUCGGGCGUCUCAUCAAUGCGUUGGACCGAUUCGAUUCCGUGUCCAGGAAAGGACUUCCACAAGUGCCCGUUUGUCGAGACGUGCUCAAGUCGUGUCAAGAUACAUUAGCCCUUUUCGGCAGACUGACGAUCGUACUACAAGCCCAGCUUAAGGUGUUAGCCGGCACAGAUGAUGUUCGCUUCACGCGCAAGCUCAAUCUGUUGCUCUAUGGCGCAGCGGGGGAAGUGUCAUACGCGUGGCAAGAGAUGAGCCCGUAUCUGCAGGAUAUCAAGGCGUAUCUGCAAACAGGCUCCGAAACGCACUUAAGCAAAGCACACGCUCGCGAUGGCCCCAUGACACCUGUCAUCGAGCAAGGAGAGAUGGGAGAUCCUACGGUCACACCGCAUGCCGACAGGUCUUUUACCUCCACGAGCCACACUCCGAACCCCCCAUCCAUCCAAGCACGGCGCGCACGACGACAUGGCGGAUCAUACAGUCAGAAAGAUGUAGAGCUCGGUAAAGCAUUGCCGUCAGCAGGGCUUAUUCCAUCACCCGAUACGCCAAACUGGCCAACAUCUGCAAAUCAACCCCCAGCAUUACGCUCCGCCUUGCGCCAUGCUGCACAGGCCCACUCUCCCAGCCCGGUUGGCAUGACAUCUCCCCUCCUCUGGGCCAGCACGCAAGCACCCCAUUCUGCGUCCCAUCAUUCGCGAAGAGAGUCCGACGAGUCAUCCGGACACACCACCUCGCCUCCCAUGAACGGCGCUCGACCUACGCGACCCAUCCUGACACCAUCAAAUUCGUCUGCCUUCCUGUCACAUCACUUGCAGACCCCAUCCCCACUCCCUCGCUCACCUUUGCCUCUCCCACCAGAUUCUGCUCAGCUGUUUGAUGGCGCACUGCUCAGUAUGAUGGACUCUGCGACCGAGACCGCCAACAACGUAUGGGCGAUGCUUGCGGAGCUUCUUAACAAUUUGGCUGAGCCGAGGCGAGACAUCCGAGCUGCUCUGAGCAAGGCAGAGCAUGCGACCGAAAAAGUGAGAGAGGACCUGGAGGCGGUGAGGCAGGAUCCUUCACCUGCGGCACGGAAAGCGCUUGGAGACGCAGCACACCAGUUCGCCAAGUCUGUUGCCCAGCUUCUCACCCUCAUACGAGCGUACGAUGCCCAGAAAGCGCUCCCUAGUGAGCUGCGUAGUGGGGUCAGCCGGUUGACACACGCCACUAAGAACUUCACGGUCUUCUUCCAAGCGACCUCCUUUGCCCCACGUUUGCGCGCUCUCUCCCCCGCUGGCGGUGACGAGGAGAGUCAUCGUAUGCCAAUGCUAUCACAGGGAUUGACUCCCCGGGGCACCCCCACCAGCCUGCUACGGAGUAGAAGCGACGUGGCGACUCCGAGCAAGCCUAGUUUGAGCAAAAGCGUUCGUGACGCUCCGUGGAGCGCACAACCUCAACAAACCUUCCAGAUCCCGCCUGUACCACCGAGGCAGGUGGAGUCUGCUACCCGGCCUACGUUCGAGGCAUUGACCUGA